GCGGCGGCCCAGGCCCGGCACCGGGAGGCGGCGGCGGCCGGGGAGUUUAUAAAAUAUUUAAUCUCAUUCAUGAGUCGAACUUCCUUUUUAAGUCAUGGAUGACAAGGCUUCUGUUGGAAAAAUCAGUGUCUCUUCAGACUCGGUAUCCACUCUUAACAGUGAAGAUUUUGUCUUGGUUUCCAGGCAAGGGGAUGAAACACCAUCUACAAAUAAUGGUAGUGAUGAUGAAAAAACAGGACUGAAGAUUGUUGGGAAUGGAAGCGAACAGCAGCUGCAGAGGGAACUUGAAGACGUGCUGAUGGAUCCACCUAUGGAAGAUCAGUCAAUUGACCGAGACCAUGGUGAUGAAGUUAGGACUGAUGGUGAUGGGGAAGAACCUGUUGUCCUUGAAGCUUCAGCAUCUUCUACCAUUAACCCAGUGUCGGUGGCAGGACUCCAGAAACCAGAAAUGAGUUUGCCAGUGAAACCAUCCCAGGGAGACUGUGGGGAUUUGAGCCCUUUUACGCCUGUGACUGAUGAGGACAGUGUGGUGUUUAGCAAGCUCACCUACUUAGGCUGUGCCUCUGUGAAUGCUCCCCGGAGUGAAGUGGAAGCCCUCAGAAUGAUGUGCAUCCUACGAAGCCAGUGCCAGAUUUCUCUGGAUGUGACUCUGUCAGUGCCUAAUGUCUCUGAAGGAACAGUGAGACUUUUAGAUCCUCAGACGAACACAGAAAUAGCAAAUUAUCCAAUCUAUAAAAUCCUUUUCUGUGUACGAGGGCAUGAUGGGACCCCUGAAUGUGAUUGCUUUGCUUUCACUGAAAGCCACUACAAUGCAGAACUCUUCAGGAUUCAUGUCUUCCGAUGCGAGAUCCAAGAGGCUGUGAGCCGAAUACUGUACAGCUUUGCCACUGCCUUUCGUCGUUCCGCCAAGCAAACUCCACUUUCAGCCAUUGCCACUCCACAGACUCCAGACAGUGAUAUUUUCACCUUCUCUGUGUCACUGGAAAUCAAAGAAGAUGAUGGAAAAGGUUAUUUCAGUGCAGUUCCCAAAGACAAGGACAGGCAGUGCUUUAAACUCCGCCAAGGAAUCGAUAAGAAGAUAGUGAUUUAUGUCCAACAGACAACUAAUAAGGAGCUUGCUAUUGAGAGAUGUUUUGGCCUCCUCCUGAGCCGUGGGAAAGAUGUUCGGAGUGGUGACAUGCACCUUCUAGAUUUGGAGUCGAUGGGUAAAAGUUCUGAUGGGAAAUCAUACGUGAUCACCGGCAGCUGGAAUCAAAAAUCUCCACACUUCCAAUUUGUAAAUGAAGAAACACCAAAAGAUAAAGUACUGUUCAUGACUACUGCUGUGGACUUGGUGAUAACUGAGGUUCAGGAACCCGUUCGAUUCAUUCUGGAGACUAAAGUCAGAGUUUGUUCACCUAAUGAGAGAUUGUUCUGGCCCUUCAGCAAACGUAGCUCUACUGAAAAUUUUUUCCUGAAAUUAAAACAGAUAAAGCAGAAGGACAGAAAGAAUAACUCAGACACAUUAUAUGAAGUCGUGUGUCUAGAAAGUGAAUCGGAGAGGGAGAGAAGAAAAACCACAGCGAGCCCCUCUCUUCGCCUGCCCCAGUCCGGGUCACAGGGCUCAAUGAUUCCUUCCCCUCCAGAAGAUGAUGAAGAAGAAGACAAUGAUGAACCUCUCUUGAGUGGUUCUGGAGAUGUUUCCAAAGAGUGUGCAGAAAAAAUUCUGGAGACAUGGGGAGAGUUGCUGUCCAAAUGGCACCUCAAUUUGAGCGUGAGGCCAAAGACAUUGUCAGCACUGGUGAGAAGUGGUGUCCCUGAGGCCCUGAGAGGAGAGGUCUGGCAGCUGCUGGCAGGGUGUCAUAACAACGAUCACCUGGUGGAGAAGUACCGAAUCCUCAUCACAAAGGAGUCUCCACAAGACAGUGCCAUCACUCGAGACAUCAACCGAACGUUUCCUGCUCAUGAUUAUUUUAAAGAUACUGGAGGAGAUGGUCAGGACUCCCUGUACAAAAUAUGCAAGGCCUAUUCUGUCUAUGAUGAAGAGAUUGGUUACUGUCAAGGCCAAUCGUUUCUUGCUGCUGUGCUGCUUUUACAUAUGCCUGAAGAGCAAGCUUUCAGUGUUCUGGUCAAAAUCAUGUUUGAUUAUGGACUCAGGGAACUUUUCAAACAAAAUUUUGAAGAUUUGCACUGCAAGUUCUAUCAGCUGGAGCGCCUCAUGCAGGAAUACAUUCCUGAUCUGUAUAACCACUUUCUGGACAUUAGCCUUGAAGCACACAUGUAUGCUUCCCAGUGGUUCCUUACACUGUUCACGGCAAAAUUCCCUCUCUACAUGGUCUUCCAUAUUAUUGACUUACUCUUAUGUGAGGGAAUAAGUGUUAUCUUUAACGUUGCACUGGGAUUAUUAAAAACUACCAAGGAUGAUUUGUUACUGACUGACUUCGAAGGAGCUUUAAAAUUCUUCCGUGUUCAGCUGCCCAAGAGAUACCGCUCAGAGGAGAAUGCAAAAAAGCUGAUGGAGUUAGCCUGUAACAUGAAGAUUAGCCAGAAGAAGUUGAAGAAAUAUGAAAAGGAAUAUCAUACCAUGAGAGAGCAGCAAGCUCAGCAGGAGGAUCCAAUAGAAAGAUUCGAGCGUGAGAACCGGCGUCUACAAGAAGCAAACAUGAGGCUUGAGCAAGAAAAUGAUGACCUUGCACACGAACUGGUGACCAGCAAGAUUGCUCUGCGGAAAGAUUUGGACAAUGCAGAGGAAAAGGCAGAUGCUCUGAAUAAGGAAUUGCUAAUGACCAAGCAGAAAUUGAUUGAUGCAGAAGAAGAAAAGAGGCGCCUGGAAGAAGAAUCAGCUCAGCUGAAGGAAAUGUGUCGUAGGGAAUUAGAUAAAGCUGAGUCAGAGAUCAAAAAGAACAGCUCUAUAAUUGGUGACUACAAACAGAUUUGUUCCCAGCUGAGUGAGAGACUGGAAAAGCAACAAACAGCAAAUAAAGCUGAAAUUGAAAAAAUACGGCAAAAAGUGGAUGACUGUGAACACUGCCGGGAGUUCUUCAACAAAGAAGGCCGUGUGAAGGUUGCAAGCUCAGCCAAGGAUGGUUCAGAUGAUGACACGGAUGAGGAGAAGGAAACGCUGAAAAACCAGCUGAGGGAGAUGGAGCUUGAGCUGGCCCAGACCAAACUGCAGCUUGUGGAAGCAGAAUGUAAAAUACAGGAUUUGGAACACCAUUUGGGUCUUGCAUUGAAUGAAGUACAAGCUGCAAAGAAAACAUGGUUCAACAGAACAAUAAGCUCUAUAAAAACAGUGACUGGAGUCCAAGGAAAAGAGACUUGUUGAAAGUUCUGUCAAACACACCUUCUUAACACAACACCUUUUGUUGCCUUCCUUGGCCAGAUGUUUAAUUCUGUGACAUGAGAGGACCAGAAUGUAAAUACAAUAGAAAUACAGCAUGUUGGGAUUUCAAUAGGUCAGUGAUAAAAAGGAUGGAAACACAAAAAUGGCUUUAUUGCUAGACAUGGGAUCUUCAUACUACUGAUAUUUAACAGGUGAUGUAGCUAGAUUGAAGCUCUUCAGAGAAACACUCCAUUCUGCGGUCUGGCUGGAGGCUUUUCACAGACUAGGUACGAGAACUUACCAAACCCUAAUUGUUAAGUUUACAUAUGAUAGGUUUUUUUACAGUUAUAACCUUUUUUAAUAUUUUAUUUGAAAGGAAAAGUGUCACUAAUGGAAUUUAAAAAAAAAAAAAGAGGAAAAAAAAAGAAAAACAAAACAAAAAAAAAAAAGAAGAAAAAAAAGACAACUACCAAGAACUACAUCAGUGCCAGAAAGCAGUCCCCAGAGGUAGGAUAUAGAGAGUAGGAGGUGAAGUUUUGUUUUUGAAUGGGGAUGAUUUCAGCAUUCCUGUCAGCGCAGCCCCACUUUGUUUUAGUUAGAUGCAGCAUCCAUCUCUGUUUGGCAUUUCUUUCUGUUACUAAUCAAUUCUAUGCAACUCUGAGCUUUUUUUUUUUUUUUCUGGCAUUUGCCAAACAAAUUUGCAACUUGAGGUUCAGGGCCUUGUCUAAAUGCUAGACGAGAAUAAUCAGAAUUCUUGGCAAAGUUCCGUUUCACUUCUGUGUCAUAUUGUUUGAUCCACAUAUCAACAGCGUUAAAAUCCCCAGCUAACAAGGACUACUUAUGUGGAUGGUCUGACAUUUAAUUGAGUCUUUUUGUUUGUUUUUUUGUCACUUUUGUUUUGUUCUUUCGUUGUUUUUACCCGCCUGUAGCAGGCCUUCUGUGAAGCUCUGAGAAAGCUUCCAGGAUUUAGUUUUGCACAUAGGUAUGAAUGGGACAAAGAAACAAUAAACUGAGAUAUAUAUGAGGCAAAAAUCACUGCGUGAGUGUAGCUGCGAGCAUCUAUAGCUGUCCAACUGGCUUCCCUGGUAACACGUUCAGAGGUUGUGUAGGUCAUUUUCCAUGCUCGAUGCAGUUGCACUAAUAGGUGCUAAACAUGCUUGGAUUGCUUAUUCUUUGGAUUGUCUGAGUUCUCACCAGAAAGCUGUAGAAUGGAGUUUUGCACCUUGUAUUUUUUUUUUUUUUUUAAUUUAUAAUGGUUUGUGUUAUGCUGAAGUAUCUAUUGCAUCAGUGGAUAAAUUUCGUGUGCAGUGUGAGUAUAAGCUGGUAACAAUAAGAGGCACUGGUUUGUAUAUAAAGAUAUUUGGUUUAUUUUGUAUUUCUACCUUUUUCUUGUUUACUGUACUAAUGCUAGCUAAUGUACUCUGUAACUACAGAAUAGAACAUGCUAUGUCCAAGCUUUUUUUCCUUAACUGCAUACAUUAUCUCUAUUGUUUAAUACCAAAAACAAAACAAAACUUGUAACUCCAUCAAUAUUAAAUGCGUGGACAUUGUGGUAGCAUAGUUGCAGUGUGUAUACUUUAUGAAUUGAAAUAUAAACAAGUAAAAUUGUAUAACUACUUCCUUGUUUCAUUUCAUUUUAACAAAUUCAUUAAAUAUUUUGCAAUACAAAACCAAUUCUCUUCCUAAAAUAGAAGCGUUAGGAUCUGCAAGCUUCUGUCAGACCAAAACUAUAUUUGUGCUGCAAAGGACUUUGCUAAAAAAGACUUCAUAUUCUUGGUGUUGCCAACAUUGCUUUAUAUAAUAAAAUGUAGGUUUUGCUUUGAAAAAAGAAACUGCUAAAAUGACCUUGUGCAGCUUGAGGCUUGUGACUCAGUAUUUCUCAAAUAUGUCCAAUUUAGAACAUUUUUUUCCAUGACCCUCCAAAUUCUGCUUGGAUCUGCAAAAUAAAUGUAGCCUAGCUCUACUUAUCAUCAUCAGUAACAUAAAAAUUCUGUGGGGUGAAGUGUUGUUCACGUCAUCUUCACUAGAAUCUUCUAGUCAUAGCUGAACUAGGGUUUAGCUGUGCAACUGGAUGAAUGCACUAAUUGGGUCACAGUGCAGAUCAGGCUCCCCUAACUGCGUGUGUUCUGCAAAGAGAUAACAAGGAGUAAAAAUGUAUUUUUGUCACCGAAGUGACUAAAGGUGACUCUGAAAGCAGCCCUACUCUGGGAGGCUGUUAUCACGCUGUCAUUUUUCUACCCAUACUUUUGCUGCAAGAGAAUGGCAUUAUGAGGCUGUGUGUAGUUUUUACUGCUUUGUCUUUCACAGACUGGGGUACCUUGGUAAUUUCAGCUCUGCAGUUUCUCAAUAAUUACACCUUUUGGAGAAAGUUUGAAGGCAAACAAAGGAAAGCUGGGAGGGGGAGAAGAAACAACCAAAGCAGUUCAUUUGUCCAUUUGUCUUUCCCAAAGGGAGUGGGAAACGGUGUGUGGUUUCCACUUUGCCCCAAAAAUGUGCUGCUUAAAAAAAGGAAAAGCUGCUUUGUUCCACUAAGUAAACAUUACCUCAAAACUGUGUGCUGUGUACACUCAUCAUUUCAGUGUGGUGGUGGAACAAACGUAAUGAAAAGUGAAUUGCUUUAUAACAUUCUUUAAGAAAUAUUUUGUGGUCAGUUUCCAGUUGUGAAUUAUUUUAGAUAUCUUUCUGAAAGACAUUACUCACAAGUAAGCAUUACCAGCAUAAUUCAAAUCUGACUCCAUCUAAGAUAUCUGCAACUAAGCAAAACAGGUCGUCUGCUGAGAGGCAUGUCUUUUGAAGCUCAAUUACACGUGAAAUACAAGGAAGCAGAUCAUUUUUAAGAUGAGAAAGAUGAAUUUGCAGAUACUCAAGCCUUUGAAUGAGCAAGGUGAAAAAAAAAAACCAUAAAUCACAUUGACUCAAAGUUGCUAUAGGCAGGAGUAUAUUACAGAUCUGUAAGCAAAGAAGAAUGAGUAUGUUUGUUAGCAUUUUUUGCUGUAAUAAGAUGUUUAGUUAUCUCCUGCAGUUAAUUAUCUCUCUGUUCACAUAUGCCUCUCAGCUGGUUUUGUGCAGUGAACUCAAAAUGAGUGUCACACUGCCUGCUGAAGCUUAUAUAUGUAUUUUUCUGAAGAGCCUGGUGUGCUCUGGCUGCAGCUUACAAAUGCUUUGUGCUGGAUCGCUGAGGUCCCAGGGCUCUCUGGCACGGUUCCUCUACGGUUACGAUCUCCUUUUAGUUUCUGAGAUUCUCCUUCUUGGUUGUGCAGGGUCUUCGGAUGGAAGCGAAUAUUCCAGCUCUAUCAAAAACUUCACCUUUAAGUGUUGCUGGUAAGUCUUCUUGCAAUUUAUGUAACCACCUCCUUGACUUUUUUUAGCUGCCCUUCUUAUCCGUGGCAGUAAUAUAAAGUUCCUGUUAUCAGGAGGAGGAUUUUGUUCCAUCUGUUCAGCAGCUUGGCUCGCGCUCAUCCAGCCCAACUUUAGAGGCUUCAGAAGGGGCCUUUCUGAAGGGCUUCAUGGCACGGCGUGGCUCGGCGUGCUGAGGGCACGGGGCUGUGCUGGGCUGUGCCUGAGCGAGGGGAGUAACGUGCACUGCCUGCCUGGAGGCCCUUAAAUAAAGUACUAACAAAAAUGAGGCAUCAGUUUACACGGUGAGGACUGUUUUCUGAUUUAGAUUGCCCUCCUUUUUAUUGUGCACUACUGUCUUUAUUACCUGAAGCCCCUGAGGACUCUGCACACAAAACUCGUUAGGGUUUUACCAGAUUUUACAGCUACAUGUCCAUACUGAGUUGGAGGAAUGAGGAUUUGGUUUUGCUGCCUUUCUGCACGCUAAUGAAGCAGAGCACUAAUCGUGUGCUCCUGCACUCCAGGUUUUUGUGAGGCGCGUGGCUGCAGCUCAGCGCUGUGGGAGCAACGCUUGACUGCUGCUAAGGGAGCAUGGAGGAUUUGUUGCCUGACUGUGUGUAAUGUUGACAGUCGAGGGUUUUCUUGCAGUGGCUCUGGGUCUUGCAGAAGACGAGAUAAACAGAACUGAGCUGACUUAAAGAUUUCACGUACGGCGACUUCCUAUGAUCAAGCGACGCAUUGAGAGACCGCGAGGCCUCGGCCUCGACCGCUGCGAGGAGGGAAGGGCGUGGCGCUCUGCUCCCGCCCAAGGAGCGGGGGCGGUGCCCGCGCGUCGCAUAGCGCUUUCUGAUAGGUCGAUGCGCUGAUUGGCGGCAGAAAGCAGCCAGUGAGAGGUGGCGGCUCGUGGCGGAGGGUCGCCUGCGGAGCACUCUGACGGCGCCAUCUUGUUUGCAGGAGGCUAUGCGGACCAGGUGCGUUCAGCAAGCAAACGUGUUCAAGUAGAAGCUGCGCUGCACCUUGUAAACUGCAAAGUGGCUUAUGGCAACUGGAACUUUAGAUUCAGUAUUCUGUAUACAAGUGAAAAGUCUUCUUGGAUAAUUAAGACUGUCUGAAGUCACUGAGAGUUUCAGUAUGGUGACUUUAAAGGUUCUAAGGAAACUCAGCACUUGAAACUGAAUGCAAGACUCCACUGUUAUCCUGUGCACUCACUGAUACCAGCCCCAGAAGAGAUUCCUGAAAAUGCCUAGAAAACCUGACCUUCCUCUCCUGACAGCACAUCAUGCUUCACUUGCUCAUCUGCAAACUGGAGAGAAUACUUACCAGAGCUGGAGAACAUAUGAAACAGGAAGACCAAGUUCUGGUUCUAAGUGCCCGAGUUAAAAAGUUAUACACCAAGAAACCUAAAUUAGGAGCCAGUUGUUUCAGCUUCUUCUUCAACUACUGGAGUUAUGCUAGAACAAGAAAACUUGGCACCAUGUCAAGGAGUGGACUGGGACAUACAGCAAACAGAUGUUUCACUCAGAGCACAAUAUAACAGAAGAAAAUGGACCCUUAGAAAAGCUGGUUUGCUAAGUAAACAAUAAGUUUAUAAAAAUCUUUUGUUCCUUAAAUGGAAGGAGUCCCUAAGCUACGUGACUGUGGAUUUGCAUUCACGUGUUACAGAUCAAGGCAGAAGACACUGGAAUGUGUUGCUGACUCUAGCAUGUACCCAGCACGACAUCUCCAGACUCCAAGCAACACCCCAGCCUGGACUCCCUCCUAAGUCUACUGCAAGCUGUUGCUUAUCAGCUUAUACAGUAUACUGAAAGCAGAUGGACAAAGAUAGCUGGCUGAGCAAAUUCUGGUGCUUCAGAAAAACUGCAAGCAGACUGUUGUCUAGAGGGCAAACCUGCAAUCUACCUCACAAGUUCUGAAAACAGCCAUACCCCAGGGUGCAAUUGUAGAUAUAUUCAGUGCUUUUCAGUGUUCUUUGAAAAUACAGAGCAGCUGUGAAACAUUCAUUUUCAGUCUAUAAUUUAGACAGUUGAAGCAAAAUCACCAAAACCUCUCAGAAGUCUGCUUUAAAAGAGUCGUAAUCAUCAUAUCUUAAAAGAGGUUCAAGUUUCAGCAACAUGCAAUAGAUCUGGACGAAGAUAUUUAUGAGUUUGAUUCUACCUGCCCUUUCUCUCAUCCAUGAGUGGCUGAGGUCUGAGCACACAUAGUUGAAUUACAGAGGGACUUAUAUUGCUACCAGUACUUUUAUCAUAAUAACUUGAAGUUUAAAAAAACUUCCUGAGUGAUGAGCUGGAGCUAACAUACCUGCAAGUCAUGCUAAUUAACAUUCUAAGAAUAUUUCAGAGAAACACGCACAAGAAUGAAAUGAAAACCAAAUAUAGUUCAAACUUUAAGAGAAAAUUUUCAAUAAAAGCACUAAAUAGGACGUUUGCUACAAAAAUACAGAUGCAAUAUAGAGAACAAAAUAUGUUUGAAAACAUGCAGAAUUAAGGAAAACUAAAAAAAAUCAUUUUAUUUCUAGAUUACAGCAGGAUACUUGUCCCUGUGUGCUCAUGGAAAUAACAGCUGAAGUCCAGACUAAAGGUACAGUAAUAUUCUGUGUGGUUGCCCUAUGCAAGGGUUUCCACCUACACUUGUAACAAAACUCUAGAAAAAGCUACCAGCAAUAACAAGACUGUGGUGAGCUUGAGAAAGUCACUUUACCUCUGUAUCACGUAAAGUGUAAAAAAAAAAGGGCCAAUACUUGCUGUCUCCCAACCAUGCUAUGGAACAGUCGAGCAGAGCCUGCAGUGUGGUUUAAUGUCACUGGGGAUUUGACACAGUAGAAAUGUUAUUGAAACACCAUGACAGUCUAACAGUGUUUCCAUUAAACAUCCCAUCCUUCACAGAGGAAGUUUAUGCUUUGGUGCAAGACAAACAAGGAAAAGAAUUUCAGAUGAGGCCUUUGUAGUAGGGCAUAUUCCUGCAUCUGGCACUUCUGUUCCCAAGAGAGACAUUUAAACAGCCAGAAAUAAUGAAUAUGCUUAUGUACCUUCAGGUGCUUGGGAACAGCACAGAGAAAAGCAGGAGAAACAGGUACUUGCCUUCCUUAAGGAGAGUGUUAUAACAUCCAAACCUGAGAGCUGUAACCUUCUAGAAUGCAGAACUACUCUGGUGUUUUGAGAGCCUCUCACAGCACACAGCAGUACUUGAACAGAAGCGCUGCAGAAAUGGCUUAACAGAGGAGGAAACUGGGGUCACUGUGCUCCAUGUUCUCACUUCAGUGUGCUGCUGUUAAAGGCACAGAUGCCAUGCCAUUUAUUACAGUGUAGAAACUGGUCUUGAAUGUUACAGCAAAAGGCACAGGCCAGAAAUAUUUAUCUGAAGGAAAAAUAACCUCCACCCUCAUUAUCUACCCUUACACCAACAUCUGCUCACAAGAGCUCCGUUUACAGCAUACAUACACCACCCUGAUAUCCUCUGAGUUGUUAACAGAGUAGCAAGGACAACUACAGUUGCUGAUAGCAAAUGAGCGAACAUCUAACAGCCUGAGGUGCGUCAGACAAUAACAAAAAAUAACUCAAAUUUGCACAGAACAGGUAAGAAAAAGUGGGAUUUGUAUCAUUUUUUGAUACUUUCAAAAAAUCAUAAUAAGAGGACUGUAGCUUUAAAUUGCAACUUUGUUUUAACUUCUGCUUUGCAUCUAGGAGACAGGUAAUUUUCCGUCACACCGUAUAUAGUGCUGCUGAAAAUAUGCUGGUUUUUUCUGUAGUAUAAUUUUAUUGCUGGCCUCCUGCCAAGAGUCUUUCUGGCAGCAUCUCCCACAGUUGGAAACUGUGUAUCUGGGUCAGAAAAGACAAGUUGCUUUUCAGAACAGCUCAAUACAUUUGGCAGAGAUGCUGAUAUUAUAAUUGAACUCUUUCAGCAACUCUUUUUGUGAUGUACGCAGACAUCAAACAAAACAAGAUCUGCAAAGUUGAUUAGUGUCAGAAUAACUGACAGCGAAAUAGCAAAAUAGUUUUCUCUCAUGUUAAAAGUAUCAACAAACCAGUAGAUACAGAUAAGAAAUACAAUUCAAAAGGAUCCUGUGAGGAGCGUAGGGCAGAGAAACCUGCAGAGUACCUUUGUGCAGAUGUUUGCUGUUUUAAAUGCAAAUUCCCUGUGUGCUGUACAGAACUGGUUUCCUCAUUCUCCAUCACCAUAAAAGAGAAACUCUUGCCAAUUGCAACCAAAAAGCAGUCUGUAAAGAAAUGCAACCAUAACACUGGGAUAUGUAUUUACUAAAACUCAGAUUGCUCGCAACAACAUUCUCAGCAUCCAUCCAGUUUCACCUGGCGACUGUACAUCCACACGAGUUUUAUUGUUUUCAAAGUUCCUGGCAAAGUUGCAUCUGGCUUAGCCUUUAGUCUGCAAUUUUCCAGCCAGAUAGAAAAUUAUAAAGCAACACUACAGCUGAGAGCUGGAAAGGUACUUCCUCUGACAUUCCUACCCUCCAUACAAUAAAUACUGACUGGGUAUCACUCCUGCUUGUUUGGUUCUUACAAAAGUUUGACAAGAGGCUCCCAUGCUCACAUUUCUUCUGAGUAGGUAGCACCAGCACCCCACAUUUAUGGUUGCCAGAGACAGGUUAGGCACUCAUUUGAUAAACAGAAUAGAAGAAUCAUCCAAGUCAUUCUUCCUGGGAGAACUUCUGUCUCUUAAAUAACAAAUUGACACAUGAACACAAAGUACAAUGAACUUAAUUAACAUUCAACCUGUCAGUAACAUCCAGAACAGAACUUUCUGUAAAACAGCACUAUAAGAAUAUAUACACAUACAUAAAUAACAGAGGGAGAACUUCUUGGCACAGUCUUAAAAAAAAAAAAAAAAACAACACAAAAAAAACCCCGCAAUUACAUACUACAUAAAUAAAUAAUAGCAAAGUAUUCAUCUUCAGACUAGACAGAAACCAUGACUAGACUCUCCAUGUCUGAAACGUUUAACUGAUUUCCAGCUUCCAGCACCUAACACGUGCAUUCCUGCUCUUCUUGCUAAACGGGACACUGGAAACCUGGAGCUACUUUGCAGUACAGACCUGUUGGUGAAGCAGUCAUAAUUUGAUAUCAACAUUCAAAAAAAAAGUCACAAUAAUUUCAAAACAGACUGCAUUCAUUUACAGUUGAAGAAUUAACUAAAUUAAUAAAAAGGAUUACAUUACACUAAAAAGACUUCAUCUGCACUGUCAGUUUUCCCAGAGACACAUAUGAAUUGAGCAAAUUUCUAGAUCUAGGUCUGAAAUGAUAUCAAAUUCUCCAAAACAGAACCACUUGUUCUACCUUCUCAAGUACACGGUGCAGUUUGGUACCACGCUGGGCUUCCUACUGCCUAAGCCAUGCCUUGCUCUCUGAUCUCAAUACCACAGUUCUGUAGACCUUCAAACUCUUUGACAUUUUCCAUCCCCAUAUCAUUUCUGUCCACAUCCUUACCUAUGUGUUUUUCUUUGCUCCAGAACCAUAGUGGGAAGCAGUCACAGUGAAGGAGAGGAUAAGAACUGGGACAUUCUUUCCCCAGCAUCCUUCAACUUAACUCAAAAAGCUGCAGUGUCCCAGUUUCCUUCCUGCUAUGAUUCAUAUCCCAUUGACCGCAGGCUAGCCUAAGCUACAAAUUUUGUUCCUCUCAAGACAAAAUCACCUAAACAUCAUAGGAAACACCUAUGCAGUUUGGAUUCCUAGAAGACAGUCUCUGCAGGUACCAUUUAGCACAUAGGCUUACUGCAGUGAAGUAUCACUAGACACUUCGUGGGCACUCCAAAAGGUCAGUUUCGUGUCACCACUCACCAACACAGAAGAAAAUGUUUCUAAAAUUCUCAUGUAAAAGAGGAAGACCUUUUUCCUUCAACGUAUCAGGAUCAGCCUCUCCCCUAGAAUUUCUUCCUUGAUGUCCCCAGUGGCAACACAUGAAGAACCUGGCAUUUCCAAUAUUGCAAAUUCACACUGGAUGGCAUGCACAUCAGCCAGUUUAAACAUUCAUGACUCUCCACUUAAGUGCAUUUUUUGAUAUGUCAGUCUUGCUGCCUCACUGAUUUUUCUUUUUUUUUUUCAAGAGAGAAGAUUCACAAGGAUUUGGAAGAGACGACUAUUAGUGUCUGCAAGUGCUGUGCAAAGAGCUCUUCUGUUCUCUGCCAAUACACAUCUACCAUCAGAGUUGACCACUUUCUAGUUCCACUCUGAUGACCAAACGAGAUUUUGUUUUCAGUUUCUGCAUCAUUGGCAUUUCCCGAGUUGAGAACUGAAUUCCUUAACUGCUUAUUUAUAACAGAAUAUCAAAGUUUUAUAUACCGAAAUAUCUGUAGCAUCAUCCUCUAGUUUCUUUAGAAAACACAGCUAAGUAACUAAUCUUGAACUUGAGAAGCUACAUUAAAUCCAAAUAAAGCAUAUUUUCUGGGGAAAAACAAACAAACCCCAAGGAGCUAUCAGCAUAAAUCCACCAACCUCACCUGGCUGUCAUUUUAAGGACACAAGCACAACUUUGUUGCUUUGGUUCACUUCCCUUAAAUUUCAUGAAGUGCUACGAAUUUGUUUAAUCUCUCUUCACAGCUAACGAUACCAUCUCUAAUGUACCACUUUACUGAGAACAGCAUAAAAUAUACCAGUGGUUCUUCAAUCUGUGUCAUUCACCACUGUUUCCUCUCCAUCAUGUAAUUACCGUCUCAGUUUGCUCUCUCAACAUAAAGCAAUACAUGUCUAAACAACAAAAUAGAAGGCUAUGGUGAACACCAAUGUCUUGUAGGCAACCUGCCUGCCACAAGCCAAAGGCACCAGCGUUUCAGUAAAUGUGUGGAGGUCAGUAAGAUGUCAUCCAGGUUAGGAAGCACAGGUGCAUGACAGCAAGCUGUUGCAACUCCAGUGUAAAAGAGGGUAUGUACCCACUUUUCAUCCAAAGGCAACAAAUAAACCAUGGAAUCAACAGCAGCAUUCAAAGUGCUCUUGGCUUUGCAGGGAGAUUGAUUUACAGCAACCACCACCAACUCACUUUCUGCCCAAAGCUCCCUCCAUACACUGUAGUUGCUAGAAGUAACACUUGAAAUUGCAGUCAGGGGAAGGACUGGUGAAAAACAGUUUGUUUAUUUGGGGCCAUUAACUGUAUUUUGCAACUAGACGUUUCAGUUUCCCCUGAUCACAGGAAACCUGCUAUUCCUGAAAGCAAUAGUGAAGGGAUUUCUGGUUUUAUUUUUUUAAAGAAGGCAUGCUGGGAAAGCUACAGUGUGUCAGGGUAGGAGUGCACAGUUCAAACUGCAGGGCACAGGAUCAAAACCAGAAUAAAAAACAGCUACUUUAUAAACUAACAGCAUUACUGCUAAGCUGGGAAGCAAUACAUGUGACCUUUCAUCUAUCAGUCAGAAUUUCUGAUGCAGCUGCAUCACAUGACAGCCUUACUGGUUUUCUUACCUGCUUAGCCAUCUGUAUAGAUCUGUGCCCAUGUCACAGCAUCAUCAUUAUUAAAGGAUAUGGCAAAGAGAACAAGAACCAGAGAGAAGCAAACACUGAACUCUAAUCUUGAGAGCACAAAAAACCUUCUUAGUCUUUACAGUCAAAAACCAUAUUUUAGUGCUAAAAGAAUUUCAGGUUCUCACAUUGUCUAAAUAGCUUCUUCCACCUAUGCAGAACCUCAGUGAAAGAACAGUGAGUGCCUGGAAUUCAGUGGACAAACACUACCAGACAGUUUCAUGCUUUACUGAGACAAAAUCUGUGAGUUAAAUUUAGACUGAUGACUUCUGCAGGCACUCAGAUGUUUCUGCUUUAAGUUUUCUAGAAAUUGCAAAUUAGAACUUGGCAGACUUUAAAUUGACCCAGCAUGUUUCUUCUGGAAUCCAAAUCAUAUUCUGUGCUAUUACUCUGCAAAACUGUUAAGAAAAAAAAUCAUGCUUUUCAACACAUGGUUUCAGACAACUGACAGAGACAUUUCAUUUAUUUUUGUGCCGAGAAAAAAAAUCACAGGUACAGUGGUUUUUCUUCUUCAAAAGUCACUACGAAAAUUAAUAGAGGAAUCAAAGUUAGCUCCAUGGCAGCAUAAGCACAGUUUGCUGAAUAACACUACUUACGUAACUAUAUUAAUUCAAAUAUGGUUAUGGUAAUUUUUUUUUCCAUUUACCAUGGGAAAAAUACAUUGCACUUGGAGACUCUGAUCUCAUUCUUAAAUACCAGAACUAGAUACUUAGCAGAGCAUGCAGGUGUCACCAAGCUGUUUUGUGAAUGCAGCUGGCAAUCCUUGCAAAUUUAUUUGCAAUCUUUGAAUGGCAGCAGAGACGCUGUGUUUUGUUUGUUUGUUUUUUGCAAUACCAUGAACAGUUGAUUGAAUGAAAAAGCUCAGAGGUUACAAACUAAAGAAAUAUAGGUCGUUACUUCUCCAUCUACUGGUAAACAGACAGAACUACCCAAUGCCCCACUGCUAACCUAUAGGAUACUGUAAUACUCAGGUCAAUUUAACAGCAAAGACUAAAAUGUAGUAAGUUCUUCCCUUUCGUUUGCAGUAUGAAGUUUCAGUGUGCUUUUACCACAGAGAGCAAAACCUAUCAGACUGAGCUGUACACACAAGAGUUUCACAGCACUUUCAUACAUAACAUAAACAGUACUUUUCUAAUCCCUACAAUAGGAAUAAAUUUGAUAAUUUCCAUUUAGAAGAGACUCCAUCCACCAAAGUCUAAAGUGAAUUUCUUAAUAUCAUUGUAAAUCUAUGGUAAGACUUGGAAAAUAAAUUAAUUUGCCAUUUACCAUACACAUUAAGUUGCAGAAUAUGCCACCACCCUCACCCCUCAGCUUUUACUUAAACCUUUUUAGUUUAAUUUUAACAGACUGCUGCUGGCUGCUUUUGCUAUUCCAUUUCUUCUUCAUAGGACCAGAGCCAUCCUUCAAAGGCCAACUUGGCAAAAGGUCGCAGUAAAUGCUUGACAACAAUUACCUGUAGAUUCAUGAGAUUCAUAUUAGCAAUUCUGUAUGAGUAUGGUGAGAUUAAACUCAAGAAUCUAAUUCAGAAUGCGUCCUAUUUUCAGACAUUAGAUUUUUUUAACCACUACUCUUUGGAAAGUCAGACGGACAUGGACUCAGAGACCUCAUGUCUUUUGAAAACAAGCACAGUGGAGUCCUCCUUUGUUAGUCAGCACAAGGCAUGGAGUCUGUUCUCAGGAAGAACAGAAGCCAGCGAAAUGAGAACAUUUCGGGACACUGGUAAGGGACCUGUGCCAUUCUGGAAGGUGAGGAGAAGCCACACAGCCCCACUGUGCAAAAGCAGUCCACUCCUUAGCAUCGAGCUUCUUUCUCUGGGAACCAAGUUCUAGCAUAUUGUUUUGGCUUUGAAUGUUGAAUUUCAGGCGUACUCCACAAUUUGGAGUCCAAGUCAGUAUUAACAUUAGACACAAGCUGCAGAGAAACUCCUUGUUAUUUAAGAGCCAUUGUCCUGCUUUCUCACAGAUACUGAGCUCCAGAAGAUGUCCUCUGAUAACUGCAAAUACGUAGAACUUUUCCCAGUUCUAGGGAGUUUAACUCUUAGAUUUUCAGUUAUUGCUUAUAAAUGCUGCUUCUUCUGAGAAUGGACAAACAUUUAUGGCUUCACUGCAUAAGCCCUCCAAAAAUAACUUGAAAGUCAGUAGUUAAAACCUAUCAGUGUAUCAUGUUUAUUUCUCAGAUCUGUUACCAGCUCCUAACAUAGAAACUCUGCCAAAGAUGAAACUUCUAAGAAUUUUUUCACUAUUGACUCCUGCUCUCAAAGGCUCUCCAAAUUCCUCUUCCAGCACCACUGCUGGGAAAAGGAGGGGAAAAAAACAACUCCUGCUUUUUUUUUUUUUUUAAAUUACUGGCCUGUUUUUGUCACCUGGAAAAACCACAUGUGAAGGUGAUGCACUGACAGGCAACUGCUUUUCAACACAUGGAAGCAUUUGGCCAUUGAAUUUUUUCUUCAAUGGUUUCUUCAAGAUUCUGAUGCCAAUUUACAUUCAAAAUAGCAAUAGAUGACAUACCAGUAUCACCUGGUAGGAUAGUCCCCUAUUCCAGGGGCAUGGGUGAGGAGAUUUUUGAGCUCACAGCACCAUAUCUCAAUGCAGUUUUUCUUUACCAAAAGUGUUAUAUCCUCUCCCUUAAGUGUCCCUUAUCUGGGAUAGAAAAUAGAGUGAGAAAAAAAUGAUGCAUGCAUUUAAAGACCAAGAGACAUACUGAGACCUACUAGACAAGAAAAAAAUGUAGCUUCUCAAAAGGCAUUCAGGCACUAUAGGUUAACUCAAAACAAUCCCAAACAACUAAUUGGCAGGCUACAUUCCAGAACAAAAUUGCGAGCAUGUUUGCACUGGGUCUUGCUGGGAGACACUUUUCUGCCAUGAACCUCUGGGUGGUUUUAUCAAGUUUUUUUUUCCCCUCUUACAAAGAUUCACUGAAAACUCAGCAUGCAGGAGGUAAAACAAGAGGUUAAUCAAGAUAAAUGACACAGAAGUUGGAUAGUUGCCUCUUUCAGAACAAUAAAGCAAUCAUGUCCCAUAGAUAUAAAUAAUUGUUCUAAAAACUCCAAUCUGCACAAUUGCAAAACCACCAACUACUCAGUUGGGAAAGAGUGAUUGAAAGCAGCUUAUUAAUGACCAGUUAAUUGCAGAAGGAAUAAACACUUUUUCAAGAAGUGCAUUAUUGAGAUAAUAGAGACAUGGUAUACAAUGUCAGGUUUUACCCCAUCACCAGACCCACUGCUACCAGUGCCAGAACAGUGACAGCUGGUUCAUCGUGAAGCAUCCACAAUUUGACAGAAACAAUGCAGAACUGUCAAACCUCACUAAUGAACUUAUAUGCAGAGUUCAGAGUGUACCACUGUAGGUUUUCUCUCCUGUCCUGCAGAGAAACAGAGUCCUCCACGAGCUUUUCUCUCUUCUCCCCACAUAGCAGGCUGUACAGCUGCCCUGUUCCACCGCUGCUCUGCUGAGUAUCUGCAAGCUGCUCCUGUGCUGCAGUGCUGGACAGCCACAGCCCAGCAGGGGAAGCGGUUUGGAGCUCCUGCAGCUCACAGGAGGAGCACAGCAGGCAGCCUGGCCCCACCAGCCAGCUCUGCCCCACAUUCUGCCUCCCCAUCCUCCAGCCUCCCAUUCUUUACACAUGAGGAUGACAGCAAGCUUUUGCAACCACAUGACAGUCUUAAGAGAGAUUUUUCUUUCCCAACAGGAGUAGCCAAAAAGCACUUUUAAAAAAUCUUUUCCACACCACCAACCUUCUCUUUAAACGCUUCUGUGAAAGAACACUACAGUCCUUUCACAGCAUAAAGGAUGACAGUUUUCUGAUCUUCUCCAAAAUUCUGAAGUAUGAAGAAAACUUAGGACUACAUUCUGUGGACAAUAUGCAUGCAGUCAACCAACUACACACACACAGGUUUUACAGGAAAUAUUCUGAGCUUUGUAAACACGAGGAACACAAAUGGAAACAGAACAAGGAAAAGAAAAGAGGGGAAGUACAACAAAUCCCUGCACUCCUCAGCUCUCCGCCAAAAUUCAGUCUUCUGUGUACUGAGCAUGAGACUUGCUAGUGUGUGUACUGUGCAGUGAGGGUAAAGAGACUCAUUGAGACACAGCACACCUGCUAAAAUUGGCAGUAAAAUCAGUCAACUCCUGCAAAUCAGUAGUGCCCAGUGCGAACAGAAAGCAAGUCUUCAUUUCUCUGGCACAAGAUUAUGGCAAGUACCACAUACAGAUCAAACAUUUAUGAACAAAAGUAAAGAACCUAGUCAAGGCAUUUACAUUAAAAUAAAGAUUACAUUUCACUGUGUGGGAAAAAAACAAUCAGUAAGUGUACCAGAGUCCUAAGCUCAGAUGAGCUCUCCUGAAGCAGUUCUUCCUAGGAAAAACUGCAUGGAGACAGCCUGAGCCAACUACACCCACUGCAGAAGCACCAGGAUGAUAUUCAGGCAUUGCAAUAACUGCUACAGCAUCCACAGUAAAAGGAUACACGAAAUAAGGAGUGAACUUUUGACAGUUCCAUCUGGACUUCACCCACCUACAGGCAACUCAUUGAUCCAAAUCAACUCACCUCUGUAUUUGAGUGUUUCUACUCCGAAUCCUUCCCUGCCUUAACAUUCAGUACACAUGCUCUCCACCAAAUAUCACUAAACUUGACAGAGUCAGAGAAAGUUUUGUAGACAUAAUGCUGGAAGGAUGACCAACAUCAUCCUGUAAGGAAGAGACCAGUGGCACCUUUGCACGGUACUGCUGCAACUUCUCACCAAGGAUGGAAUGCUGUUAUGACAAUGCUGUGUUUGUGCUGCAUUACUAAAAGCACAUUUGGAAACAUCUCAACAGAAACCACAACAGAGGUAUGUUACUACCCAGCUACACAGAAAAAGAUUCAUUUGUAACAUGCAGUCAGUUUAACAAUUGCAGAUUCCACAUUAAAGAGCACAAAAUGUUCCACCUCUGCACUAGUUAAGUUUGACUAAGAACUGCAACUCACUGAGUAACGCUCAAAGCAGGCUGCACCGUUCCCCUUUUAGGAAUCUCCUUUAGUAAGUCACAAUUCCUCAACAGCUGUAGCUUUAUCAGUAGGUCUGUUCAAGCCCUCUCUGCAAGUUUUCUCAGCUCUGCUAUCCUAUUUUCUUUCUCGCUGAAACUGAACAUGAAGCUCAGGCUCCAGAUCCAUAGCAAGAAAUUAAGCAACAGAACUUUGUUCAUUUGUUUAUGAAAGAACCAGGAGGUCUCCAAUUUCAGGUACUUCAGUGUUCUGGUUCGGGUGGAAACAACAUAACGUGGUCAAAAUUUAGGAGCAUUCAGUUUUUAAUCAGAGACCUGCUCAAGAUGCACACUGCCUUUUACUGUAAUUCCUCAAAUAGUGUCAUCACUAUUUAGAUAGCAACAGAUUCUUUUCUCUAAAACACAUAGUACUGUGAAAUUUAAAAUGGAACAGUAUCACACUGAUUAGCUGUUACAGCAUAAGCAUGCAAAGAAUUGUUCUAAAUCAAAUUUAUUCCUUAGCUGGAUAGUUUUGAAAGGAACAGUCCAGUGCCAGUCAGUCAUCUUUAAGUAGGAAAAAAUAUAAAAUGUAUUUAGAAGCUACAGUGUCAGGAUUCACACAAUUUACUAGGACUAAAAAUUCCACCAAACUUUUUAAAUUUGGUUGAAACACUUGAGUUACAAGAGGUUCUUAUGCACUUUCAAGGUGGGAGUAGUGAUUCUUUUCUCUUACACAAAUUUAGACAACUGUGUUCUCUUUUCAGCCUCCUGGCCAUCUGUAGAGAUAGGGAGGUGUGUGCAGAUGUGGGCUCAGAGCAGAAUGAGCUACUUGUCUCAGCUCGUAUUUUUGGCAGCCACCAAUUUCACCCUCACCCACCAGAAGCAGAGCAGUUAUCAGCCUUGUCUUCAAUCCCUUUUCUGAGUAUUUGCCUUUCUUCCUGGCUUUGCUAGAACACUUGUCACCAUAUCUGCCCCAGUACAAUAAUCAGUGGCUUUAAACUAACAGUUUUUGUGAUGGAAACAUUUCAGGUCUUUAAAGAGGGAAAAGACUGAGAUUGAAAGUGGAAGAGGAGUAGAUGUCCAAGUUCUCUAAGUUCAUACCAUAUACAUUUGACAAAUAACUCUAGAAGAUAUCAAAGAUUACAUCUGAAAUCUCAUUUCUCUAUCUAAUGAUGUCCUAACUCUUCAUAGGGCAACCACGAUGAGCUCAACUUCCUUUGCUUUAGUUAGGAUCCAGCUGCUAGUUCCAACAGGGACUUAGGCAGGACUUCAGUCUAUAUCAAUUAAAGAAAAACUGGAGGAAACUUCCAUUCUCACUGCACUUGUUUUUCAGGAAAGGAAUUGGGGCCAUUGAAAUUUCUUCUCUCAGUUCAUUUCAAGGUGCAGAGUUGAGCAACUGACACUCACCUACAGUAUUUCUAACUUUAAUUAACAGGAGACCCCUACCAGGCAUACUUUUCAUGCCUUUAUACAAAAAGCCAAGAAGCCAUAGAAUCAUAUAUCAUGUGCUGGAAUAAAGAUAACCACAUAAAAGUUUCUAAAGCUUUAUCCAUUUCAACAAUGACAACUAAAUUCAGUGGGGUGCUUCACGCUGCCUGGUAUCCAGUGCCCUACAACAAAUAGCAACAUUUUUCAUGUCUCCUCCAAGAUCAUCUCUGUGACUCAACAAAAUCCAGUGCUACAGAUCCAUUCCCCUAAAAAAAAUAGUAAUUCAUGGUAUUGUUGCCAGUAGGAUAAAUCACUUCCUAGUGAAGUCUCACCAGACAAGAUCAGCAGCAUUGCGUGCCCAUGAAGAUCCAGAUCCCAAGCCUCAAGUCUCCUCAUCUUCUGUGACUGUUUAGCUAAAGCUCAUUUCUAGAAACAGGCAAUACUUGUUCCCAAACCAGCUCCACAUAGCUUCAUGCUCACUUGUAGUCCCUUAAUGCUUUUCCAGGAAGGCAGACACUGCCAGCUGAGAACUAUGAUUAGGGGAAGACUCUGUUUAGGGUUAUAGACAACUGAAUUAACAGUGGCUUGAGAGAAACAUUUCCAUGUGUAACAUCGUAUUUGUACCUCAGAGGAUACUUAAGGACAUCUCAGGGCCCAACGCUUUAAACACUGCACUAAUACUCAGAUUUGCUGUGCUACAAGUCAAACAAGAAAUGCAUUUAAUGAAAGCGUCUCCCCUCGCAAGAAUAAAAGGAAGGAGAGAAAUAAAGGCCUUCCAAACCAACUUGCUCUUUGCUGCUCCUCCUGUGGGGCAGCGUAUAAGGGACAACAGCAGUUCAUCACCGCUGAGUUCGUUGGCUGUUAAGCCAAACAGCCAGUUCAGCUUCAAUCAUUGCCUCACUUCUAACUAUAUCAGGAGGUUUAAGGUCUAAAACCUUAAUGGAUUCUGUUUUCUAAGAUUUCUCCAGGUUCUGUGACAUCUCACGAUUACCCACUAAUGACAGUGUUGUUCCCAAUCAGAUAUUCAAACAUUUAAUUUUUCAAUAAAGUCAAUUUGAAGUAAAUGGGCAGUAAGAAUGUGAAGUAGCAAAAUUUAAUUUAAUGUGCUAGCCAGACAUGCCCCAAAUUUAUUUUUAAGGAUACAAUUAAGAGUAAUUUAAUUCCCUUAUGCAGAUAUUACAUAGAAGAGAAACACUGCCGUAAAAAGAAUUUACUACUAUUGGUACACAAACCUUACGACAGAUAAAUUAGAGUCUAGUAGCAAAAUGUAAAGUAUAUGCUGCUUUAUGUCCAUCACAAGCAGCAUUUCGGGGCUAUUCAAUAGUUUGCCAAGCCACAGUAUAAGAGAACUGCUCUAAAUCAGCCUGUGCAACAGGAUCACUUCAGUUUCCACAAUCCAAGAGAUCUCCUAAAAUAGUUAGCAAAUGGAUUUCAUAAGAUGAUUCCUCUUCAACAUCCACCAACACCUUCAGUUUGCCAGCAUAUUAAGAAAGCAUUUUACUACGAAAAGAAAAAUUUUGCAUAGCUGUGGAAAAAUUCCAUGAAGUGAAACAAUGAGGGCAAGGCUUUUAAUAAUCCAUGGCCUUUACUACUUGAGAAACCAAUCAGCAAAUGUGCAGAUGGCCCAGUAACAGAGCGGCUCCGGUUGGCUGCACAGAAAAUCCACACACAGGAUUAGUCUCAAUUCUUGGUUUUAGCUGGCAGAGGACAGACACAGCAGUCCAGUACCAUGCUUUACAUACCUUUCAGUAGCAGCAGAACAAACCACAUGCUCUGAAUUUUUUCUUAUGUUUCCCCUAUAACUAGCACCUUGCCUACAUUCCUGUACUGCAUAGGAAAUUAACAGAAAGGUCAGAAUAUGCACUGCAAAGCAAAACUAUGAAUAUGGGGCAACAGACCAACAUGCAGUGAGGUCCAAAAAUUCUCAGUCCUCCUUCAUUCCAUGACACUUAAAAGACCAGAAAUAAGGCAAUCUUGCUACAAGUUAAAAAAAAAAAAGUGCAAGCAGUUUAACUUCCCCAUAUAAUUUGUAACAAUUCCUACACACACUUUUUCUUAAAGAGACAUAAAUUUAGAGUUAUUCAAAGAAGUGGAGCAGGAACAUGAUCUGUGUGUGAGCUGACACAGUGCACCACUAUCUGCAUUUUCUGUCGUCACUGCUCUGUGAAAGGCUCACACAUAAGAAUGAAAAACUUCACAAGUGCCAAGAAAUGCAGAAGAACAACUGAAAAAAUAUUGUCUCUGGUCUUGUCAUUUUUAUUAACCACUGCUUUAAAUAGAAAUAGAAGCAAAUGUUUUCAGGUAGGGCAUCUUAGGCUUUUCUUUCCAGAAACUUUGUACAACAAAAUUAUAUUUGUCACAUGCAUACUUCAAGUACAACAUCUGUACUAAAACAAUUAUUUUCUUAAAAAUGUUUCAGAUUUGCAUUUUUCUGCUAUUAAAAUCUGUAAUUGUAAUGUUCAUGUUACUUCUAACAGGAUUUUUCCCUUUAAUUUCAUGGCUGCUGCAUAUACAGCAGUAAAAUAACCUUCACUUGCCAAUACUGCUCAUUUUAUAGGAAAUCCAGGACACUACAUCAGCCAAGCUUUCCUCACACAUAUGUUGUUAGAACAGAAAAGCCUUCUCUCCCUGACCUCAAUACAAACUAAGUUACAGAAAUGUGAUGCUGAAGUCCUCUGUUGGCAUGGCUACACUUAACUUAAGCCCUAACUCACCAACAGCUGCCAGUUAGCAUAGCAGGGCACAGACUGAAGCGCAGCAUUCUCACUUCCCCAGCACCUCCCUCAGACAGCCAGGGCUGCCUCCUCGCAGUUGCCCCAGGGAUGCUCCCUCAUCCAGCCCAGGCAGCACAAAUACUCAAACUGCCACCUUCUUACAGUUUUUUUACAUCUAGAAGUGCCAGCAUAUCUAUGUGCAUUACCCACAACCAAGGACAAGACUCUGAAAACUUUACUGUUUUCAACAGAUAUUUUAACAGAUAUAUAAUACUAAUCAUAGUGGCUUUUUCCACACAUAAGCUUGUUAACCAGCCAGGGCAUCUUCCCCUCCCUUCUUUCCAGCCAUGGACAUGCUCUUGAAAGAGCUCUAUUUACAUGCUAAGUUACAAAGUUCAGCUGCUUCCAGAGUGACACGGAAAAAGUGCAGCUUUUAUGAUUUUACAGUGAGGCUUUUUCACAACAUGAAGCAGCCUGGACUAGUUUCUUUUCUCCCACAGCCUUCUUCCCUCCCCACCUCAACAGGAUUCACUUCAUAGAUGACAGCUUAAAAGAAAAAAAAUCUGCCAAGACAGACCCUUGAGGAACACCAAAAAGCUUCCAAAGAAAAGAGCUCUGCAACCUUAAGCAUCACUGUUACUGAAUGAACAUUCAGGGAAAAUACUGCUUACAAGCUAGAAACAGAGCUUCCCAAGAUCUGCACAUCCACCACAAUUUAAACUGCUUCACAAACACAUACAGAAGGCAUGCCUUCUGCCCUCUGCUCUCAUUGCUCUGCUCCUCUUUUCCCAAUGGCCUUCUGUACAACUGCUCAGCUAACUUCAGACUCUGCUUUAAGAAUAAGGAUCUGCACACAUGGUGCCUGCAAUCACCUUCCAUUUGCCUGCUUUCUUCUUAGUUCCUUCUGAACCUUUGGUAUGAAACCAAUUGCAUCUGCAAUGCCAUCUCAGAGGAGAAGCCAGGAUGCUGGAUUCAGUCACUUACUCACCUGGGGCUCCCCCAACACACAAGGAUUUCUAGAAAAAAACCUUCCUCAAGUUCCUCAAGAAAUUCAGUCCUGGAUUCCUUCCUUGCAUUUAAGCCCCUGAACCCUCUGGAGCAAGAACUGGUGCUUCAUCAGCAUCCUUUUUGUGGAGAGACAAUAUUGUCAAUAGUUCGAUAAUAAUGAUUCAUGUGGAAGAACAGCCCCCCUUUUUUUUAGUUUACAAACAGGCAUAAAAAUUCUGCAAGGACAAAAGAUUCUACAAGGAAUGUGAGAACAAGCACUGGACUUGCACUAUCAAUGACAAGAUAACGAGAAGCAGAAAACUGAAAAUAUUAAAACCAUACCAUUAGCAGUCCAUACCCACUCUUUUCCCCAUUCCUCCCUUCUGCACCAACUUGAAGCAGAGAAAAACUGGAAAGUUCCAGAGAGCAAAAAAAGGAAAAAAAAAAAAAAAACAGAUAAAAAAGACACACAUCCUAAACACAACCAAGAACGUAGCACAGGCUGCAGGCAGCCCCAGCUGCUCUCACGGCCUUCCUCUCCCUCCCCAAACUUGCAGGAAUAACUGCAACCCAUCUCUUCUGAUGGUUCAUCUCAGAGGCAGACUGUCCACCUUCUGAGGGAAUGCAGAGAGGCCACGAGUAACCGCCAUGCACAUACAAAGGAGUACACCAACAGUGCCUAUGGACACGACAGGCCUUCCUCCCAUCCCAUCCCAAAAAGCUUUUCCCUGUCAUGUACCAAAGGCCUCCCCUACAGCCCCUGCACGUCUCCAUCUCCCUUCCUUCCUGCCAACACCUCCCUGCCUCCUCCACUGCUUCCUUUGGGUGCUCCAAAAACGGUUACUGCGUUCUCAAAAAGAAAAUCCGCUACGUCCAGUUCUUCAGAGAGCCCUGCCUUCUCCGUUCUUUCCAAAUUUCUCCGCACGAAUGAAGGAGAGGAUUUUAAUUUUCUGUUUCUUUGUCCCCAGAGCACACAGCCACAUUUCUUACAGCAAGAGAUGUGGAACACCUGACAGCAACAACAUCCACCAAAGUCCUGCACUACGUUAGCGGCACUUCUUCACAGGAGGCGUAAAAAUCCUAUUUCAAACUUCACAGAAGAAGUCAAAGGCGGCAGCAGGCAGCUCAGAGCCGCGGCACAGGCAGCACUGCUCCAUUUCACGCCCGUUUCCAGCGCUCCAUUCGGUGCCGCGGGGCGCAGCUCUCGGCGCAGGACAUUUUCUUACUUUCCGCAAAUCACACAGCGCCAUUUGCAGGGGGGUGUAAAUAAAUGAUGCCAUUUCGCCA